AUGAAGGGUCAAUUCGACGACGUGUCGGACUACGAUCAGGUCGGCAGCGAUGGCGUUCAUCGGGUGAAAAUCAUAUGCCUCGGCGAUAGCGCCGUCGGCAAAUCAAAGUUGGUUGAACGGUUCCUCCUGGACGAAUACAAAUCGAAUCAGUUGUCAACGUACGCUCUCACAUUGUUCAGACACAAGGCCACUGUGGACGGAGUCAACGUAGCUGUGGAUUUCUGGGACACUGCCGGACAGGAGCGGUUCCAGAAACUUCACGCCUCAUAUUACCAUCAGGCGCACGCCUGCGUUCUGGUGUUCGACGUCACUCGCAAGAUAACGUAUAAAAACCUACAAAAAUGGUACGAAGAGCUGCGUCUACAGAGACCCACCAUCCCCUGCAUAUGCGUGGCCAAUAAAAUCGACGCUGACUACGAUGUCACGAAAAAGUCGUUCAGUUUCCCUCUCAAACACAAUAUGCCGAUAUUCUACGUUUCGGCCUCUGACGGAACGAAUGUGGUGAAACUGUUCAAUGAGGCGAUCAGAGCUGCCUUGCAGUACAAGAAGAAUCCCACUGACUUUGUCGAUAACAUCCUCGAAGAGCUGCAGGCUAUGGCGAGCGACGACGAGGACGAG